AUGCUGUGCUCUUCUGCUUUUAACAACGGAUCUGCUUACUCUGUUAACCUUCUUGCUGGUUACCCGGCCUUUUACGGGCUGUUUGCUGUUGUCUCUUACUGGUCACAGGUCAUGCUCCUCGACUGCCCGCCUUCCCUCCCUCUCCACCCUUUCGCCUUUCUCCAACAGUCUCGACCACGCUUCUGUUAA